AUGGUGCUAAAAGUUGGUAACGUGGGUUAUUAUAAAAAAGAAUACGAUGAACAAGAGCACAAAGAUUCAAUAUCAUGGGACAUCGAUAUCAUAGUUCUCACUGAGCAAGACUUGAAGAUUAUCAAACUCGACAAAGAUGUAGAGACGCUUGUUAAGUUGUCAUCCCACUCCGAAGGCUCUGCGUCUUCUCAUAUCACCAACCCUGAUAUAGCCGAUAAUCCGGAAGUUGUACAAUACAGUCUGGGUGAGGUUCCGGCCAAAAGCUGA